AUGGCCCUUGAGGGGGCAAAUCUCACCUUGUUCUCUGAGUUCCUGCUCUUGGGCCUCUCAGAGGACCCCAAGCAACAGCAGCUGCUAUUCAUACUCUUCCUGAGCAUGUAUCUGGUCAUGGGCUUGGGGAACCUGCUCAUUAUCCUGGCCAUUGUCACUGAUGCCCGGCUUCAUACUCCCAUGUACUUCUUCCUGGCCAGCCUGGCCUUUGUAGACAUUUGCUUCACCUCCACCACCAUCCCCAAGAUGCUGGCCAACCAUGUGUCAGGACACAAAGGGAUCCCUUAUGCCAGCUGCCUGACCCAGAUGUUCUUCUUCAUCUGGUUCGCUGGCAUUGACAGCUUCUUGCUGACGGCCAUGGCCUAUGACCGCUACAUGGCCAUCUGUCACCCUCUGCACUAUGCCACAUCUGUGACGCCACAGCUCUGUGGCCUCCUGGUGGCGGCAUCCUGGGCUGCAGCCUUCGGGAAUGCCUUGACCCACACAGUGUUACUGACCCGCCUCUCGUUCUGCACCCACAACCGGAUCCCCCAUUUCUUCUGUGACCUCAGCCCUCUACUGAAGCUGGCCUGCUCUGAUACCUUCCUCAACAACGCAAUGGUGUACACUGUGGGAGCCCUGCCCAUCAUCACCCCCUUUGUGGGCAUCUUGCUCUCCUACACACACAUUUUUGCCGCUGUGCUGAGGAUCCCAUCCACGCGAGGCAAGCAAAAGGCCUUUUCCACUUGUGGUUCUCAUCUCUCUGUGGUGUCCCUGUUCUAUGGCACACUCAUUGGGGUUUAUUUCAGCCCCACAUCCUCCCACACAGCCCAGAAGGACACAGCCGCUGCAGUGAUGUACACCGUGGUCACACCCAUGCUGAAUCCCUUCAUCUACAGCCUACGCAACAGUGACAUGAAGGGUGCUUUGAGGGCCCUCAUUAGCAGGAGACCAAUUCUUACUCUGUGA